AUUCGCCAUGGUUCUGAACUGUGCUUAUCCCGGAUGCCUGAAUCUUUUCAAGAAAGAGAGACUGCGCUCGAACUCCUCAUCGCACGGCGGAAAGCUGACCUUCCACCGCUUCCCGACGCUGGAGCCCGGCCGGCUGCUGCUGUGGCGGGCGGCGCUCGGGAUGGACCCGGACACACCCAUGAGGAGCCUGCGGGUCUGGAGGAUCUGCAGUGAACACUUCUCCCCGGAGGACUUCAGAGCCGUUAACGGGAAUAAAGUCCUGCUCAAAGCUUCAGCGGUGCCCAGGGUUUACCUCAGACCGGCUCCGGGCAGUCGUGCUGAAUCUGCACAACCAACACAAGACUGUAAAGAAGAGGAGACAGAGUUUCAAGUUUCAGAAGCUGAAGGUGUUUCACAGUCCAGGCCAGAGGUGCAUCACACCUACACAGCUGCACAGUCCAUGCAUUUGGAUGAACCAUCAAAGCGAGAAGAGCAUCCCGAAGGAAGACCUGACCUGAAUAUCAUCAAACUCCCAUCAUAUUCACCGUCAGCGAAGGAUCAAGUUGGUGUCUCACACACUUCAAGUCUUGCUCCACACACACAUUCAGCAUCAGCAGGAUCAUCAGAGAAGCUGGUGCUGAAGGAAAGGCAGUGGAUUGUGAACGAGUCGAGCGUGAUGGAUCUGUUCAGGAGAUGUCAGCAGUGCGGCGCUCUCAUCACCGACACCAGAACUGUGAUUUCCGGCUGCCUCCUGCGGGUGUACUGGGAAUGUGCUCAGAGACACAUCGGCCAGUGGAACUCCUGUGCCGGCAUACAGGCGCUACUGUCCAACCUGUGCCAGAAAGUGCUGGAGCCGCCCAGGCACAGCGCAGAGAUCAGACUAGGCAUGAGACGGUAACCCAAGGUUUCAAGAUUCACAGCGGUUUUGAGUAAACAUCCUCUGCUCUACCGUUUCAAGGAAUAUGCACAGUUGAAAAUGUCCAAAUCAUCAGCGCACUGCCACUUUAAAUCCUGAAGGACUCAUUUAAUCUUCAUCUUAGUCUUCAUCAGGUGUAGAUACGUGCGGCUGCAGCUGAGAGGAUGCUCACUUUGGCUGACGUUCACUGAAGUCUCUCUUCAUUUGCAUAAAGUAGAUUUAAAUAAACACAUACCUUUCUAAGGCA